AUGGAACGAAUCGGCCCCUUCGAGCGCAAGAUAAGCUCGAGCUAUCUCUCACCAUCCCUGGUUGCUUUGCCUAACCUGGUGUACCCCGCUUCCUCAGUAAGCGUCGAAGCACUCGAGUUCAUUGGGCUGAACAGAUAUGCAGCACAACGUAUCUUCGACAAUCUCAAGUCGGCUCAGAUUGAUGAUCAAGAGGAUGAGGAAGCUGAACUGCCUUCUAUCAUUCGAGGGCAUCUCACGCAACUAAAUACCAAGUUUGAAAACCUGCCAAUUGCGGAUGCGUUCACCAAUGUCAGACUUACAGAAGAUACCAUCGCCGCCAUUCUCAAUCCUGAAUUUCGAGACGUUUUUGAGACGGAAACUCCUUUUUGUUGGGCUUUCGAUAUGCUGCGAAUGAGGUUCAAUGAGAAAUCUGCGGAAAGGGCACUCUUGGCGAAGAGACAGAAGAAGUCGCUCAACGUGGAAGAUGUUUUGGGUGGCAACGAGGCUCAUCCUUCUCAGUCAUUUGGCUCUCAGACCAAUGCAUCAUCCGGUAUGACCCGCAGUGGCAUAAGAGCUGGUGGUCCCAGUCUGCCAACCACUUGCACCUUUAUCGAAUCAGUCCCCAUGCCACCUGAGAACCAUCUUGUUCUCUACAUAGGCAGAUGUCCAGCCAAGUUUCGAUUUCCCGAGGAUGAUUUUGUAGAGGAAGAUGGCAGUAUCAAUAUGGCUACUACCGGGACUUACCCUGCUGGGGAUUUCAACGCUAGCAGUCGUGUCUGGUAUUUCACAACGGAGUACGAAACAGCAGAUAUCUAUCGUCGCUACGCCGCGACUCGAUGCCCAAACGAGGUGACAUGGAUCGUUCUUAUUGCAAUUCCACAGCAAUUGGACGCCACGUUGCGCACUGAAGAGUUGUGGUGGUUAUGUGAAUUCCGAGAAUUCGUGUGGUACAGCCGGAAGGGAAAGACAACUUUUCCCGAAAGACUUCGACAUUACGAUUCCAGCGAUGUUAUGAAGGGCAAUAUCUUGAAAUACCAAAGUGUAGCUAGGUGUGUUCAAGACAACAUACACAGCAGCAUUACCGAAGACAACCUGUACAAACUGAACUCCGGCCGGAAGUCGACUCAAUGGGUUGCGAGGAACGAUGAGACUGCGAGAAAGAUUGCGCAGUGGGCUCGCGGUAACCUGCAUAUCGAAACUUUCGCACCUGUGAUUCAUCAGGAAGGUUGUUGUGCUUCGUCUUGCCCUACAGGCUGA